CUGAGCUGCGCAAGCCGGAAACCCAGUAGGCUGCGAAGAUGGCGGAGAGUAGCGGUCGCGCCGGCAAGAGCAGCGGGAGCGGCGCGGGGAAGGGGGCGGUGUCGGCCGAGCAGGUAAUUGCUGGCUUCAACCGCCUUCGGCAGGAACAGAGAGGUCUGGCAUCCAAAGCAGCUGAGCUGGAGAUGGAGUUGAAUGAGCACAGCCUAGUGAUUGAUACACUGAAAGAAGUAGAUGAAACCCGUAAGUGCUACCGCAUGGUUGGAGGCGUCCUGGUGGAGCGGACUGUCAAAGAGGUGCUGCCUGCUUUGGAGAAUAACAAGGAACAGAUACAGAAAAUCAUCGAGACACUGACACAGCAGCUUCAGGCAAAAGGAAAAGAACUGAAUGAAUUCCGGGAAAAGCACAACAUUCGUCUCAUGGGGGAAGAUGAGAAACCAGCAGCCAAGGAGAACUCAGAAGGGGCUGGGGCCAAGACUAGCUCAGCUGGAGUGUUGGUCUCCUAGGGAACAAGACCUCUGCAUUUUUUUCUACCCUGACUCCCACUUCUGAUCUCUUUAUUGUUAUUAUUAUUAUUAUUUUCUCUGCUAUUGUAAUAUUUUUUUUUUGUUAAUUAAAUGUUUUGGUCAGAAUGCUUAGCUGUAGCUUGGAACUUUCUCCCAAUUAGGGGUGGAAAUUGCUUAAGGGCAAGGGACAGUGUAUGAUUUGUGAGUUUUGUUUCCAUGGGGUUAAUGGCUCACAACCUCAGAACAGACCCAAACUGUGUCCUUUCCCUUGCAAAUAAAGAUGUGUCUACUUA